CGAGAUGAUUGGACUUGUUGCUGUGUCAGUUUCCUGUGACGUUAUCACUGACGUACAGGCGGACUGAUUUUUAAGAACUAUCCUCGCAUGACGGGGACAACAUUUGUGCUUACGCUACGGACUACAUCUCACCGCUGGGAAACUCCUCCUCAAGCUGAUGAUUAACUGUGCUAUUUGUGCGACAAGAUAAAUAGGAGACUUUGCCGACAAAAGGUAAACUCGCACUUCCGACUUCCGCACUGGCAACUACCCGCAGAAUCUUGGUGUAAGAAUAUAAUAGAAAGGAAAAACCUGUGGAAGACGAUAUAUAAACUUUCAAUAAAAGAUUGUGUCGAGGUUCUCGACGUCGAUCUCCAGGAAGACCAGACCUUCAGGAUUAAACUACAAUACUCGAUCUUUCGUCGGUAUCGGAAAAGAUCAAGAAAGCAUCAAAACCGUUGGGGUUGUCGGUACGUUAUUUUUGGGAACAUUGAAAAGAAUUGUGUGUAGACCCAAGAAAGUCUCUGUUUGGAUUAGUACCGUGUUUGGGGAAGAACCGCCACUUCUCACGAGACCUGCACUAAAGAGUUUUCUCUUGUGACUGAAAGGAAAAUGCCGAACCUUACCCCUUUCAAAGGCAUCUUGCGAAGGAACGCAAAGAGCGAGAAACAACGCCACACCAUCGCCGUGCAUUUCAAGGACAUGAGCAGCGAAAACGGCAACAGCAAUGUUGACUUCUGCGGCUGUCACUCAGACUCCUGUCCCUCAGACCUCGACAACAACAUCGUCGACAGCGCCAACGUCACAUUCAUGAGCCGAUGCGAAAACUGCAACGACCCCGCGAUAGAUGUCUCUAUCCAUCAUCUCGACGACCUGGGACACGCGCUGGAGCAUACAUUCAAGGAGGUGGACAGCAUCGACGCCUGCGUCGCCAGGCUUCGAGAUGACUUCGAUCACGACCGGGUGAGCGAGCAUCGCUUCAUGACCGGCAUGUGCUCCGCCAAGAUUAUGCGUGACGCGUGCUGCAAGCAGCAGCUGGACAAAUGGCAGCAGUUCCGGCAAGGCAUACAGGAUCUGCUCGCUCGCAUCCGAGAAGUUGACUCCGUCUCUACAGAUAGCCAAGGUGAAAAUGAUGACAUAAGUGUACUGUUGUGUCACCUGGGCAAGGUGCCGAUCGUGGGCACCGUCUUUCGCCGCCUUGACCCUGCCAAGGACGCCAGAGCUUUCGUCGAGCAGUGGGUUUUUAGCGGCGCCUAACGCUAUAACCCUCAGAUUUGAGGUUUCCUUUUUUCUAGAUGUAGACGCCUUCACCUGUCCACCAGAGGGAGCUACACUCAUCUUGUUCAAUGCGGUCGUCUACUGUUGACGAUGAUGGCACUGCUUCUAUUGAAGCAGCCUUCAAGACGUUUCACUUGGAACAGCACCACAGCUGUAGUAUAAAUCCAAUUAUUAAACUGGAUGGGUUGAUUUUCAUGGCAGCAGCAUUCUCUUUUUAAAUGUGCCGUCGUUUAAUUUUUAAAAAAUAAAAUCUUGUUUUAUAAAA